CAGUAAUAGGUGGGGCUCGAAUUAAACCACGCCUUCAAUAAACACAAUGGCUACCAGCAAAGAAGAAGAGAAGAAGCUCCUUCUUGAAAACUCCCCACUGUACGGUCGUAUGUCUGUAGUGUGUCAUACAGUGAUAUUCCUCUAUGCCACUGCCUUCUGGAUUAACAUUGGAGUCUUCCCCUUUUUAACAAAGAAGUUAGGGAUAGACACGGUCAUAUUUGGUUACCUCCAGACAGUCUCAGCCAUUGCUCUUCUCCUCGGUGGGCCAUUGUUUGGUCGAAUGGGCGAUAUCUUUGGAGCUAAAAUUGUCUUCUUGAUAUCUUUUGGAGGAUCAUUCUGUUUUUAUUUCAUCAUGGCACUCGCUAAUAAUGCAUUCCAGCUCUUUAUAUCCCAGCUGUUCUCAUUUGCUAUGAACGCAAUGCAAUGUGCUCAAAUGGUGAUGACUGAUGUCACAGGUACAAGAGAUCGUGCAGUAGCAAUGGGACGGCUGACUGUGGCAUAUGGUUUAGGAAUGAUUGUAGGACCCACUCUUGGAGGGUGGGUCACUCUCUUCUUCAACGAGCAAUAUGCAGCUGCUGCAGCUGCUUCUUUGAUGGUUCUGGCAUUUCUUAUCAUUUUGGUUGUGAUGCCAAUCAAAACUAAAGACCCUAGAAAAGUGGAAAUACUUGAAAUACCAGCAACUAAUAAUAAUGAUAAGAGUUUGUUCAAUUUCAAGGCCAUCUUCUCCCUCCUGCUCAUACCCCAGGUGUUCUAUCUCAUCGGAGUCAAGACACUGGUUGGUAUUCCAGCUGGAAUAUUCCACUCAAUGUUCUCAGUGGUUAAUAUGGAGAGGUUUGAUCUAACUCCUGAAAUGAACGGAUACAUACUAACUUACAUUGGGAUACUGACUGCAUUAAUGCAAGGUAUUGGUAUAAAGUGGUUCACUAGUAGAUUCAGUGACUCUAAACUCAUUCGUGUCUCCAUUAUUGUCAUGUCAUUGGCUUAUCUUAUGUUGGUUCCUGUCAAUACAAUAUGGCUCCUUGGUAUCGUGUUGAUCCCAAUGGUCAUGUCACGUAGCUUGUUGAACACGGGUUGCUUCAAGCACAUUAACCAAGAGCGUCUCUGAUCAGCACACUGGUAAUGAUUAC